ACAAAAUGAAGGAGGCAUUUACAAUUCAAACAGUAAAAAGAUGUUUAGCUCAAGCCCUACUGUAGAUGAACUGCCGCGACCCCAAAACUUCCGGACUCGCGGCUUCGGGGGUUUCUCUAAGCGUAGAGGAGAAGUUAGCGGCAAAAAUUGGGAGGCGAACGGUGAUAGUACCUUAGCAGGCGUCUCCGGGGUGACCCAGCCUUGGCAGGACAGCGUCAGAGAAGACGAUCAAUGGAAUAAGGCUAAAGGUGCCAGUGACUAUAGCCUUAGACAAAUAACGAAAGAUAAUUCGGAAGGACGAGUAGAUAGCGAUAAUAAUUAUGAAGGCAAAAAGUCUUAUAACGGGAUUGGUGACUAUAGACAAAAAGGGCGCGGGUAAUAAUUUUCAACGUAAGUUUACACCCCCCAAUUACGACGAUGCCGCUUUCAACUUGAGCGACAACGGGGAGGAUUGCCGAGAUCGUUACCGACGCAACAACUUUACACCUAGCUUCGGUGCUGAUUACAAAUGGAACGACAAUAAAAACGCUCGAGGGUCCCAAUACGGUCCCAAUAAUUACACUUUAGAGACAGGUCAUUAUGAUUCGAGCUGUAAUAUGGAAAGGAGCGAAAAAGAUUGCGCAAGUGAGUAUGGACGCCCAGUUUUUGUACCUGAUUCCGAUGAGAUCACUUGGGAUGGAAGCCAUACUAAUAAUUACAGACGCGAAGGUGCGGACCCUAGUUAUGACCAAAAUAAAAAGGAUCUCCCGAGCGACCGUAGGCGCGACAAGUAUGAAAAUGAUGGCGGUAGGCGCUGGAACGACGGAAAUGGUUUUAGGCAAUAUAACUAUGACUCUAAUUAUACAUCUCAAAAAGGCGGCUCAAAUUGGAAUUACGACAAGAAAGGCAAUAACAAUGGGUGCAGUCGUGACAGAAUGACACCUAUCGACUUAGAAGGUGAGGACUCUAGCUGGUACGACGGUAGAAAAGGUCGCUCGGGUUACGCACGUGAAAAGUUUCGGUCGGAGGCUGACCGCAAAGAGGAUGGUAGAAAGUGGGGUGGGGGUAAAAGUCACGUAAACUUUUGCAGCCCCAAUGAAUCGUGUGGACGUGGUCCAACUAAUUGGAAUGAAGGUAGAAGGGAUCAUGUUAACGAAUACAGGCGUAAUAAGUAUAUAACCAGCAAUGACGUUGAAGUAAGAGGAUGUGGAAGUAACGAUAACUCAGCUUCGGACAAGGGGAGUGACGACCACUAUCGUAAGGAAAUACUUACGCAAGAACGGAGGACUGGCGUUGAUGACCGGCAUAACAGCGGGUACGGCCAUGGGUACCGGCAUUUCGGAGCUGUAAAGUAUGAAGAACAGCAGUAUGACGACUACUACGUCGCAAAGCACGAGGGCUUUCCAAGUGGUGCAUACAAGCCCGCCACUCCCUCCAUUAGAAAAGACGGCCGAUAUAAACCGAGGCAUUCUCAAGAGAGGAGCUACCACAAAGGGCAGAACCCCCGAAAAGACGGAGCGUUCGUUGGAGAUGAAGUUGAGCACUGCAGCAGACCACCUCGUGAAAAGGACUGGCGGGAUUAGCGGUUGCGAGUUUUUCUUGCAAUUUGUUAAUAAAG